AUGGAUCAGUUCCAGAAAACCCCGACUAUUGGGGUGGACCCUCAGGGACUUCAGGUGGAGAGGGCCUAUGAGUCGGGUCCGGUUCCACCAGACCAGUUUGAUGAAGAAUACCGCACCUCUCGAAAGGAAAUUUGGGCUUAUUAUUCCUACUACAUUGGCAACAAUGGGCUCUCACUGUUUAACUUUGCGCCAACAGCAUUCCAGAACCUGCUUUCUCAGGCUGCACCUGCCAGUGGUCUCCUAGAUUUUGCUGGAAGACCGCGCUCAACCAAUAGUAUUGUGCUACUAUGCAAUGGCAUUUCCUUCGCAAUCCAGAUCUUCGUCUUCCUGGUUAUCGGCAGUUUUGCCGAUUUUGGCUACUGGAGACCUAACAUUCUAAUUGGGUUGUCCAUUAUCGCGUACGCAAUUGGUUUUGGCUGGUUAGGUGUCCACGACGCGGGUAAAUGGCGCAUCGGUGUCGGUCUAUAUAUCGUCGGCCUGAUCGCCUACCAGACAACAUUGACCUUCUGGACCGCUGCUUUUCCAGGUCUUGCACGCAAUACAGCUGAGAUGAAAGAUAAAGCGGAUGCCUAUGCUGCUGGAACUAUCACUCGUGAGGAGUAUGACCACGCCGACACGAUGGUGCGCAGCCGUCUAGCCAACAUCUCCUUCUACAUUCAGUCGUUAGGCGAAAUCAUCAUCCUUGCUAUCAUUAUUGGAAUUAUGUUUGGCUUGAACGUGAAUGCUAGCGUGGCCAACAACAACUACGGACUUAGUGUGCUCAUUGCAUUUGCUUCUGGCAUUUGGCUGCUGGUUUCUUUACCCUGGUUCUUCCUCGAAAAGCGCCGUCCAGGCCAGGAUCCUGGUAAGCGAACCAUCUUCGUGGCAGGACUGUGGAAUCUAUGGCACGCGAUAAAGCAGAUUUGGCACUUGAAGCAAAGCUUGAUCUAUUUGAUCGGAUACUUUUUGCUAGGAGACUCGCUCAAUACUACUGUGACGGUCAUUUCUACCUUGCAGAAUAGCAUCGUCGCCUACAAUACCCUUGAACUGACAUAUCUUCUCGUUGUUGGAAUUGCCGCGCAAGCGGUCGGUAUCUAUACGUUUUGGUGGAUUCAGCAGCGUUUCGAUCUCAGCACCAAGACAAUGUUCAAUAUCAUUGCCUUUUCUAUCGUUAUCCUUGAUGGCUGGGGCAUGAUCGGAAUCUGGACCCAGCGUUUCGGAUUCCAUCACGUAUGGGAGGUUUGGGUCUACCAAGUAUACUAUGGUCUUUUCGUCUGCCCAUGGUACAGUUACUCUCAGAUCAUGAUCUCAGAAGUCACACCCCGAGGCCAUGAGUUUCUUUUCUUCAGUCUAUUUAGCAUCAUCGGCAAGACUUCAUCUUUCAUCGGUCCCCUGGUAUCCAGCGCUAUUAUCGAUGCGAGUCCGACGGGAAAUAACUCCACUCCGUUCUAUUUCCUAUUCGCUCUGAGUCUGGUCAGUUGUGCUUUCUUAGUUUUCUUCGUUGAUAUCAAGAAAAGCCAGCUUGAGCAGGAGGCGUUCUUGGUAGAUAAGAGGAAACGCUUACAGGCUUCGUCUUCGGAUGAAGACGCGUGA